AUGCCAACACCAAACUCCGAUUUCACAGCAAGAUUCCUGGACCUGGAUGAAAUGAUGUUCGACUUCAAAUUUCUCUGGCCGAGAAGGAAGGAAUAUUCCGCCCUUGCCGUCGAAGAAAAUCAGUCGCCAGCAGAUGAAAAGUUUCUGGAGAAGACCGAUAUUUACCAAAAGCCGCAUGGCUUCCGGCGGAGUCCACAAACACCAUGGGCGGCCCUCACAUUCAUAUUUGUCGGACUUUCGGGUCUCCUCCUUUUCCACGACCUGCGACGUGGGGGACGAGGGAGCUUUGACUCCGGGUUCCACAAUGACAUGACUCUGGCCAAACCAGCAAUCAAAGUGUCCCAAGUGAAAUUUACAGGUGGGAUCAAAUUCCACGACAACGGCACCAUGUAUCGCGACAACGGACCCGGUCCAGCGUACGUCGGCCCACCAACUCCGGCGAUGGACGAUGCAUGGGAAGACCUGAUCGGUACGCGGUACCUCGCCUUCACCGAGGCCCAAAGGUCCUCGUUCUCCGUCCGAAUCGACAAGGGAAGCGCCGACGGCCUCUACCGCGCCGGGCCUGACGCUUUCCAUUCGCUCCACUGCGUCGACAAGCUCCGACAGACCAUCGACGGGUAUCUGUACGACAUUCCGGAAAAGGUGGACGAGAGCAGGAACAAUGUGCUGCACGUCGAACACUGUCUCGAUUUCCUGAGGCAGCUUGUCCAGUGCACUUCGGAUCUGACGCCCAUUCCGCUGGUUUACUCGGUUGGCGCGGGUAUGGAGGUGCCGGAUUUUGAGCAGGUGCAUACCUGCCGGAGUUUUGACACGAUCCAUCGAUGGGCAAUGAAGCAGAAUCAGGACGCACUUGAUACGUUGGGGAGCUAG